AUGGCGGAGAGCUCCCUCUAUCGGCAGCGGCUAGAGGUCAUCGCCGAGAAACGGCGGCUGCAGGAGGAGAUUCGCGCUGCGCGCUUGGAACUGGAGGAGGAGAAACUCCGCGUGGAGCGGCUCAAGAGGAAGUCUCUCCGGGAACGCUGGCUGAUGGAUGGAGCAUCAGAGGGACCAGACUGGCCCAAAGAUCCUGCCUCACAGGACCGCCAGUCACCGGAGGACCAGGCGCAGGCUCGUAUCCAGAACCUGGAAGACAGUCUGUUCACACUCCAGUCCGAGCUGCAGCUGUUGCAAAGUGCAUCCACAGGUGCCCAGCACAAGCCAUUGGGCAGGCCCACCUGGCGCAGACAGGGUCAUCGUCCACUCUCCCAGCCCACUGUGGAGGCAGGUCCUGCAGACCUGGCAGAUCUAGACAAGAGAGCCUCCUUACCACCUGGACCAGCAGGCAUGUCCCUGGAGUCCCCAUCCGAGUCCAGGAAGGAGGUGAUCGGGGUUUUGCCAGUCUCCACAGGAACCUCCUCAGAAACCAAUGGUCCCUGCUCUGAGCCCAGUCCUCAUCUGGAGCUGAAUAAAGGAGCAACAGUAGCAGAGAGGGGGGUGGGCCCCGCUAAAGCAGGGGGUGUGGUGAAGGUGGUAUGGGAGGGGCUGAGGGCCACACAGCCCUGUGCCAUGGAGGCCACAGGCCCAGAGCUGGAAGCUAAGGUGGAGGAAGUCGUGCUGGAGGCCAUUGGGGACAGACAGGUGGCUGGCAGCCCUGAGCUCCCGUCCUGGGUGAAGGAGGACAGAGACGUUGUGGAGGUGGUCUGGGAAGGGGUGGGGGACACAGAAGGUAGGGAUUUAGAGGGCAUAGAGGAAGGAGGCAGGGGUCGGGAGGCUGCACAGCGGAGCUCACUAAGGGUCCCGGAAGAGCUGCAAGAAGCAGCUUCUAGAAAAGAGGAAGGUGCUCAUGAGGGCAGCCCUGAUGGCAAUGGGCAGGGGAGCUCUGGUGGUGAAGAGGGGUCUUUCAUUUGGGUGGAGAGAGUGGCUCUCAGUGAGGAAUGGGAGGAGCUGCAGGUGGAGGGGUUGGGGCCAAUGACAAGGGAGGGAGGUAAGGGCCUACUGGGGACAGACAAGAGAAGAAGUGAGGAAAACUGGAAGGUGGAGAGGAUUCGAGUAGAAGACUCACUGGGGGACGAGAAGAAAAGAAAAGGGGAUGAGGAAAAGCCGGCAACAGAGAGGGGAGGGGCUGAGGAACCCCCCGGAGUAGAGACAAAAGGAGGUGAGGGACAGCAAGGGACAGAAGGUGAAGGCUCAUUGAAGAUACAGAGGGAAGGAAGUGGGGAGCAGCAAGGGACAGAGAGGAGAGCUGAGGAUACUUUGGGAAGAGAAAUGGAAGGAGGAGAAGAACAACUAGGGACAGAGAAGAGAGCUGAGGAAAAGAAGAAAGAAGUCGAGGAUGUAUUGGGUGAAGAGAAGAAAGGAGGGGAGGUACAGCCAGGGGAAGAGAAGACAGCAGCUGAAGAACCACUGGUGGUAGAGAGAAAGGAAGGUGAGGAACCAUUGGAGACAGAGAGGAAAGGAGGUGAGGAGCCAUUGGAGACAGAGAGGAAAGGAGGUCAGGAAGCAUUGGAGACAGAGAAAAAAGGAGGUCAGGAACCACUGGAAGUAGAGACGACCCCAGGGUUUGAGGAGGAUCAGAGUUCACAAGAGCAGAGAGAGUCAGGAGGGGCAAAAGAAUCUCAGGCAGAGGAGAUGAGUGAUGCAGGUGCUCCUCUGGGGUCCAAGGAAGAGCCAAGGCCAGAGGAAGAAGGACUUCAGCCCCAAGAGAAGCAGGAAGGCUCCGCAGAGGAAGAGACAGCAAAGCCCCAAACCCCUGCUAAGGGCCAGGGCCCCUCAGGCGAUGCCACGCCACCCCUUGCAGAAAUCUCCACCGUGGAGCAGCCCUCGGAGUGCCAGCCACUGCUUACAGUGGAGGGGCCUAGCGCCAACCCCAGUGCCCAUCCUGUGCCCACUUAUGCCCCUGCCCGGCAGCCUGAACCACCUGCCCCAAUCGAAAGUGAAGAGACAAGUGGCCCUAAGCAAAAGAUGUGCCAGUGUUGUGCGGUUAUGUGA